AUGGGAAAAAUAAUCAUUUAUGAGCAUGCCAACUUCCAGGGUCUGUCCAGAGAAUUCACCACUGACAUUCCCAACCUAACAGCUGUGGGUUGGAAUGAUAUUGUGUCGUCAGUGAAAGUCGGUGGCCAACCUUGGGUGGCUUAUGAGCACGUUGAGUAUGAGGGUCAGUUUCUGGUAUUUGAGGAGGGAGAACAUAGCUUUGUUGGUAAAGAUAUGAAUGACAAGAUCAGUUCUCUGCAACUGAUCAUUGAAGAUCUGCACAAUCCCCAGAUCACUCUCUAUCAGCAUGUUGAAUAUAAAGGGAGGAGCAGAAUAGUGAGAGAAACAACCAAUCUGGCUGGGGGAGAAGAUGAUGACAUUGUGUCUUCUCACAAAGUCCAGAGAGGUGUCUGGCUGCUGUGUGAAAACAGCGAUGGAAGUGGACCUCCACACCUUGCCCAAGAACAUGAAGACGUUCCCAAUUACAAGACGAUUGACUUCAAUGACAAGCUUUCCUUCCUGCGUCCCCUGCGCCCUGGCCGUGACUCUUAG